UGAUUUGUGAACAGACAGAAGUGUGUUUGGGGCUAUCAAUCACCAUGUGCUCUUCUGAGAGCCCCAAAAUCCUCUACAGGAAUCCCAGGCUCCUUCGCUUAGCUUUUCUCCAACUCCAUCACCAGCAACAGAGUGGCGUGUUCUGUGAUGUUCUUCUGCAGGCAGAAGGUGAGGCAGUCCCAGCUCACUGCUGCAUCCUCUCAGCCUGCAGCCCCUUCUUCACCGAGCGCCUCCAACGGGAGCGGCCGGCCCAGGGCCGAAAGGUGGUCUUAGAGCUGGGGGGCUUGAAGAUUGGGACUCUGCGCAAGCUGGUGGAUUUCCUCUACACCUCGGAGAUGGAAGUCUCCCGGGAAGAAGCCCAAGAUGUGCUUUUAGCAGCCCGCCAGCUUCGAGUCUCAGAGCUGGAGUCGCUUCAGCUGGAAGGUGGAAAACUGGUUCGAGCAGCCCAGGGCAGACGCUUAAAUCGGGAAUGCUUGCAGCCACCACCCCCUGCCCCCAUCUCCGCCCGAGUGGUGGGCCCCAGCCGCCGCCCCCGCACUCCCCUACCUCCUCCCCAAGCUGCCUGUGCCCCUGGGGGCGGGAAGCUGAAGCUCUUGGGAAAAGAAGAGGAUCCCCAGGAGGAAAGCAGAGGGCAGAGCACAGAGCACUUGUCCGAGAUGUCAGACCCCUUCCCCAUUAAGGGGAAGGCCAGAAUCUGCCCUCCCACACAAGCAGAAAGCUCUUCACCUAAAAGCCAGGGGCAAGGCCCCAAGGAGAACCGCAGGGUGCCAGGCCCUGUAGCUGCUGAGCUUUUCCCCCCCAGCCCCAUCGUGGAUGAACCUCUGUUGCCCAGGAAGAUCAGGCUGAGCCGCACAAAACUGUCUCCCGAUGUCUGUUCGGCCAAGUCCCUCAGCACCGUAACAGGGCCCAGUUCGGCCCCCACGCCACCCAGCCGCCGUCUGUGGCGGCAGAAGACGCUGAGCAAGGAGAUCACCGAGGAAGAGCCGGGGCCCGGAAAGGGCAGCCUUCUGGAGGGGACCUCCAGUCCUUCCCUCACCCCCAAGAUGGGCGGAAAUAAGAAGCGGAGCCCCGAGGCCAGGGCCCCCAGCUCUGACUCGGCCGAGGAAGGCCAGGUCGGACGGGUCAAGCUUCGUAAGAUCGUUAAUGGCAGCUGUUGGGAGGUGGUCCAGGAAUCUCCUUCCAGGGACUCUCAGGAGAGCCAGCUGACCCCCGGGCCUGGCGGGGAGUCUGGAGAGGAGACUCAGGGGCCGGGCAUGAGCCUCAUGGAAGAAGAGGGCAAGCCCGCUGUGGAAAUCAGUCUGUGCUCGCUGGAUUCGCCGGCCUGCUCCAGGCUCCAGGAGACACUGCUGGCCGCUGGCCAGUUUCCAGAACAGGCCGUGGUGAAGUCAGAAUUUCCGGAUAUCCCUGACAUGGUGGGCAAAGAAGCUCUGUUGGGUGGAGACUGCAGGGAGCCCUGUGACUUUGUCCCGGCCCUGUUGGGCCAGCCCUGUGAGGCAGAGGAAUACCGCAUCACCAGUGCUGCCGCCACCAGCGAGCUGGAGGAGAUCCUGGACUUCAUGCUUUGUGACUCAGACAUCGGCCCUUCGGUCGACUCCCUGGAGAGUCCCAGGGCUGGAAACUCAAGGACCCCGACCUACCCUCUCACCGAGCCCGAGAAGAACUGGGUGGAAGGAGAAGAAUGGUGUCUGCCAGAUGUGGAGCUGUGGCCAAGAGAGUUUGCGGGGCUGGAGAAGGACUCCGUUAAGGUGAGAGAGGAUAAGGGAUCUGUAGAGCCUCUUAGCCCCCUCGUGGCCUCCCACGGGAGUGAAGGUGAAGGGCUGGCAGUGGCCGCCUCCUGGACCUCGGAGCCGGCAACCCCCGGCCCCCAGCCAGACGUGCAGGGGGAGAAACUGCUCUGCCCCGAGUCCCCUGUCCAUUUCCAUGCACCUUAUGGAGACUUGUCCCCUCCCUGCUCCAGCUGGGUGGACACUAGUUAUGGGAAACCCUCAGUCACUGACGAUACACUGUACCCUGAAGGAGUAGCCUGUCCAGAGGUCAAGCAGGAGCUUGGUAACUCGGAGAAGCUGGCCCUGUCCCCUGCCAGUCUGGAGGAGGAGGGGGAGAUUGAUGUAGUGGACUGGACGGCCCAGGUCGGGCAAGUGCCCUUCCCCAGCCUCUCUGUGUGGCCUGACCCCUCCUCGGAGUCAGAAACGGAGGUGGACGUCUUGACGUAGGCUGUGUCUGGGGUGGCUGAAAGUUGUUCGCUGAGGCAGCGGGAGCUCCAGUGGCAGCAGAGGAAUCGCCAUCCUGGGGCAGGGCCACCAGGGGCUUCCUCCUGGGGAGGGACUCACUCCUUGCCCCUCUGUCUUUGGUUCUGUAGAUCAGACACAGGGUAGGGAGUGGGUCCUGGCUGAUUAAGGGGCGCUGCCGUUGAUUUUGAGGGGGGGUGGGGGGAAUUGUUGUAAAUUUUGCCGCGAGGGCCCUGCCCUGACUUGGAAGUAAGUGGGACCCAGAGCCUGUUAUGCCAGUAACACCAAGGAUUGGGAGGGUCCCCCCUGGGGACAGCUUGGCUCAAGCACAGGGGGAAGGAGCCUAUGCUCAGUCCAACAGAGCGGGAAAGGAGGAACCCAGGCGUCUUCCCCUGCUGUCGGGUUCCCUCGGGCCCUUGGGCUGUCCAGAGGCUCUGAGAGGCACGCACUGCGCAAUCAAUAAACGCCUUUCAGUCUCCAGUA